AGAAAGGAAAAUUAUUUCGAGACGAAAACAAGGUUUUUAAAAAUGUCGUUUCUGUUACUGGUUUUCUUUUUGAUUAACAAGAUUGAAGCCAGUGUGCAUACCAAUGUUGUUCAUCUUCCAAAUAACACAAGAAUCACAACAAAAUCAGCGAAUUUUAAAAAAAAUGAAAACGUUAGAUUGUAUUACUACGUUCGUAUUGCAUCAUUCUCCAUGGGUAGUACAAUAGAAUGUGGAGCAAGAUGCAUAACAACACCGCAUUGCUGGGGUUUCAGUGUAUUUAAAGAAGGGUUACCGCUUAGAUGUGACUUCUUUAAGGGGAAUUUAAAUACAGAACAUUAUUAUGUCAAAGCCGACGUAAUACGAUACGACUUUUACGAAAUGCAGAACGCGUGUACAUUAAAUCCAUUGAUAUGUGAACAUGGAAGUGUGUGUAUUCCAAACUUUAUAAAUAACACCUACCAUUGCAAAUGGUGUUUUCCACCUUACUCUGGCAAGCAUUGCAAUUUAAUAGAUGGCGUAUUAAGCAACAUGCCAAUACCAUCAGAUAUCUUGUCUGGAAAAAGAAUAUCUUGUCGCAGUUUAAAAACACAUUUUGGUCCGCUAACUAACAGCAGAUACGAUAUUCAUCCUUGGCGUGACCAUAGAAAGAUUAAUGUUGAGUGCACUAUAGGUGGAUCAACUUUUUUGAUGAAAAUUAAAUCAUGGAGAAAUGGAGAGAACUUUACAACGCUUACAACACUCACAAAUCUUCUCCCAAACCAAAGAAUCACAACUUCCGUGUUAAAUUUGUUUUACAAGCUCACCCGAUUUGAACAAUUGUCAUUUCUAUGUUAUGGAGUGGGAAAGCCGUACAAGUAUUUGCAAACUGCAUAUGAAAAGACUCCACUGCUAGUUAAUGUUUUAAAAUACUUUAUUGGGGAGUCCAACGUAUUGCCAACUUUCUGUGAUACACAGACCAAUAACUUGGACAUUGCACCUUGUCAAAUGUACUCGAAUAAGACAUGGUCGUCAGAUAAUGUUCCAUUUGAGUUUAGAAUUUUUAAAGAUAUCGCUCGAUUUGGAAAUGCAACCUUGAGUUUUGGCGAUGGAAGCUACGGAUGUUUCGACAAGCCUGGACAGUAUACGGGCCAUGAUUACUAUCAAGUUACGGUGCUGUGAGAUGAACCUUAAUAAAUAAUACACUAAGUGUAGAUGCUACGAAUAAAAACAUUCGCACUAUAGUGAAAAAUAAAAACUCCAAUAUUCAAGCAAACAAUUUUCAGGCUAUCGAAAAAAAACAUUAAAAGUAUUAAAGAUAGCCUGAAUUUUUGGGUCAUAUAUUUAAUACACAAUUUAAGUAUAUAAUAUAUGAUAGACCAAAAGUUACGCGAACACACACAGCCUCGUCCCCAGGGCAUCUUGUAUCUUUUCUGACCCUGGGACAGCGAUCAGAAAAGAUACAAGAUACCCUGGGGACGAGGUUGGAACACACAAACAUUAUUGCGUAAGCUUUGACGAAACGUUUAUUGCAGCCAUACAGCCAUUGUUGUAUUCCUGUGAAAUGUAUCUAUUACUGAUUAGCUUAUUUGUUAUUCUUACUAGUUCUUCUUCUUAUCGGGUUAAAAUUUCGCUAAUUUGCCGGGUGACGAAAACAUUUCCUCCCUACGCAAUCCCAAACAAACAGGCCUAAGAAAAAAGGGACUAAUUUAAUCAUUCUUGUCUACUUCUUUUUAAUUUAUGCAACGUUUUUGUAUAUAUUUCAUAUCUCUUAUUGCGCAUUUUCUUAAAAUUUUGGCAUAUAAGAGAACCAGCAAUUUUCGUGUCAUUUUUUUAGGAAAAUAUGGUAAAAAUAUAUUCCGUAUGGGAAAACGAUCGUAUAUAUUUGCUUAAACUGCACCUUAUCUUUGACGAAACAUUUAGUGUACUUAAAUGUUAAAUUGUUUAUUCUUAUUAAAUUUAGUUAUUAAUGGCAAAAUUUGUUAAUUAAGAGUAUAUACUAUGUAAAAAAUA